AUGGAAAGCCUAGGCGGUGCCCUGGAGGCUGCCGGUACCACUGUCCAGGACGUGUACAGGCUGGUCUACUACGUGCGGCAUCGGCCUGCAACGACCCUGGUAACGGUGCCGGCGCUCGCAUCGCCGCAUAUCAAGUUUGAGAUCGAGGUGUAUGCUGCGGUGCGACAGGAGCCGCUGCGGAAAUUCGACGUCAUUGUGGUAGGAGCAGGCCUGAGCGGAUUGAAGGCCGCGUGGGAGGUGCAGAAGUCGGUUGAUCCGCUGGGUGAUGGGGGAAAGUUGACCUGGGAGAAGCGUGGAUUAACGAAUUCUGCUGAGCCCAAUGCAGCAGAGGCGAUUCGGUUGAUUACUAGGGAGAUUGAGAAUUCCUGCCAUAAAUUGGAUAUCCGUGACCCAAUCGGAACCGGGGAAGGGCUCGACAAACUGACUCUACUUGAAUGGGCAAAGACGAAAACAUCCUCCAACACCGCAUUAGCUGUCGUCAACAUGUGGAUGAGAGCUAUCGUUGGUAUAGAAGCGUCGGAAAUCAGUGCGUCAUUUUUCUUUCACUACUUGAAAAGUGAGGAGGGCCAUCCUGCAUGCGUUCCGACGUCAAGCAUGGAGCCCAAUAUCCCCUCUUCCUUGCAGGCUCCCAGUCUAUCUCGGCCUAGUGAAUCUGCUACAGCCUAA